UUGAAGACAGCCAAACAUAUCCGCACAGCUGAUCGACGGAAACAAACUCAGUCACAACUAAUUUGCAAUGUGGUCGGUAAAAAAUCAUCAUUUUACAUGGAUAUGUGCAGAGCGUUUUAGGAGCCAAUAUUCCUUUCCUCAAACUCUUUUAGUGUCUUCAGAGUCUGCAAAAUUUUCUAUAAAAAAGAUGCUGAAAGGAGGGAAAUCAGAGAAUACAGAGAAAACUGCCACUAAAAAACAAAUCCAACCAACUAGUGUAACAAUUGAUGCGGCAUUAAGUUCAAGUAUCCUAACUAAGACACAAGAUCAAUGGCACACAGCUGAAAUGACAGAAUCUAAGCAAGACGAAGAGUUAAUUCAAAAAGCAUCCGGAAUUGAAAUCCCAAUAAUUGUUCAAAUGACAAUCGAUAGCUUACAACUUGAAUUUUGGCAACCUGACAAAAGCAAUAGUGAAAACUCAUACGGUUAUAUAGUCGAUUUGAAAAAUAUAAAACAAAUUAAGUCUGUGUGGAAAAAAGAUUUGCCUUUAAAAUUGGUGACUCAUGGAUGGCUACCCGAGAAUUUCCUUGACGAAGUGAAUGGAGUAUUUUCCAUAAAAAAAAUUUACGCAGUCAAACACAGCAAAAAAUAUAACGUCUUAAGUUUGGAUUGGAAGAAGUUUGCAGGGACUAUUUUAUACUGUUCUGCAUCUUCAAAGUGUAGUGAUGUUGGAACAGCAUUGGCUUAUAUUUUGAUUCAACUAGUCGCUAAUAAACUUAUUAACCCUUCUGAUGUGCAUCUGAUAGGGCAUAGUCUUGGUGCUCAUGUUAUUGGAAAUUGUGGGAACGUAUUUUUCGAAUUGAUGAAGAAGAAAGUCGCUAGGAUCACAGGCUUAGACCCAGCUGGAUACAGAUUUGAGUCAUCUGGAUCGUGUUUAAAACCACUUAGAAGUUUGAAUAAAGACGAUGCGGAUUACGUGGAUGUUAUGCAUACGUCUUCAUAUGUUACAGGACAUACUCAUCUUUUGGGAACCUCUGAUUAUUAUCCGAACAAUGGAGGAUCCCAGCCAGGAUGUAGAAACGUUAUUGCAUUUCCGGGUUUUACUCUGAUAUGUGAUCAUAGUAGAGCUUAUUUAUUCUAUCGCGAAUCGAUUGAUAAUGAAAAUAGUUUUAAAAGUUUGGAAUGUGAUUCGUGGGAAUUAUUCACAAGCAACAAAUGCGCGCAUAACAAUAUAAAUAAUAUGGGCCAUCAUUCAUCACCAAAGAUAACUGGAACUAAAUUUUACUUACACACGAAUGCCGAAGCUCCAUUCAGCAAAGAAUUAUCUAUAGAUGGCAAAAAGACAAAAAAAUAAUCAAAUACUAAUCGGUUUAUAAUAAAAUAUCACAUUAUCAAGCAACGUUUGUAUAAUUA